GCAGUUUAGAUAUUCUUUAUUGCCUUUAAGAUCUGUAAGACUCUUGACUAGAAUGUUCUUUUAAGCCAACUUUUAGAAACAUAUAUGUGCAUGGUAUGGGACAAUGUUGUGUUUGGUUGUGAAAAUUAUAUGGCUAUCCCUGCAAAAAUGAAGCUAUAUACCAUUUGUACUACAAAAUACAAUGCGAAGGAUGGUAUCUGGUAUGAGUUGCCUAAAACAUCUACUUAAUUCUGAGAAAAAUAAUGAAGAACGCGUGGUGGCGCUGCAGACUAAGAACGCAGAAAACUCCGCGAAUUCUCCAAUUGUCCUGAAAGGGAGACCAGAAUCCGACAUUUCGGAAGCGGAGAAGAAGCUUUGAUAAUUUCAUCUGGAGAAAGGGAUCGGCUUUCCCCCCCAGCUACACAAAAGUGGAGCCUCUGGUUACCGUUUGCGUUUGUAAUAGAGCUGAGAGGUUUGAGAAGUGCAGGACUAAAGAAACUAUGGAGCAGGAAGGGAGGAUGAUUCCGCAGCAAAGGCAAGUUCUUUUUUUCCUUGUUCUGCUGGGUGUGUCUGGGGCGGCCUCAGAACUGGAGUUUUCGGUGGUGGAGGAGAUGGAGAGAGGCUCUUUUGUGGCCAAUGUGGCAAAGGCUCUGGGGCUGGAGGUAGGAGUGUUGUCAAAUCGGGGGGCCAGAGUCGUUUUCAAAGGGUACAAAGAGUAUUUGCAGCUGAAUUCUAAAACAGGGGAUCUGUUCCUGAGAGAAACAUUGGAUCGGGAGGAGCUGUGCGGUCCGACUAAGCCCUGUGUGCUACCUUUUCAGAUCUUACUGGAAAACCCUUUUCAGGUCGUUCGCUCUGAGCUUAAGAUACAAGACGUUAAUGACCAUUCGCCAGUAUUCCUAGACAUUGAGACAAUCCUAAAAAUCCCCGAGAGUACCUCCCCCGGGACUGUGUUUCUAUUAGAAAAUGCGCAGGAUUUAGACGUAGGGAACAACAGUCUCCAGAACUACACGGUCAGCCCAAACUCUCAUUUCCACAUUCAAAUUCGAGAGGACGCAGAAGGCCGGAAAUACCCAGAGCUUGUACUGGAUAAACCCCUGGAUCGGGAGGAACAGCCCGAGUUUAGAUUAACUCUCACUGCAGUGGAUGGGGGAGUCCCAGCCAAGUCUGGAAGUACCCAAAUCCUAGUGUUGGUAAUGGACAUCAAUGACAAUGCCCCUGUGUUCUCUCAUUCCCGGUAUGAAGUUCAGCUUCCUGAGAACAGCCCUACGGGUUCCCUAGUUGCUACAGUCUCAGCUAAAGAUUUAGAUUCAGGAAAUAAUGCAGAGAUUUCCUAUUCGUUAUUUCGUGCAUCUGAACGUAUUCGUAAAACCUUCCAAUUAAAUGAAAAAUCCGGAGAACUUCGUCUAAAAGAGAAACUGGAUUUUGAGUCAAUUCAUACUUACACAAUAAAUAUUCAGGCCACAGAUGGUGGAGGCCUUUCUGGAAAAUGCACUAUAGUUGUUCAAGUGAAGGAUUUAAAUGACAACCCUCCGGAGCUGAUUAUGUCCUCAUUUACCAGCCCCAUCCCAGAGAACUUGCCUGAGAUAACUGUCGCUGUUUUCAGCGUAUCAGAUGUAGACUCUGGGGAAAAUGGAAGAAUAGUUUGCUCCAUCCAAGAUGAUCUUCCCUUUGUCCUAAAACCUUCUUUUGAAAACUUCUAUACGUUGGUAACAGAUGGAGCAUUGGACAGAGAGAACAAGGAAGAAUAUAAUAUCACUAUUACUGUCACAGACUUGGGGUCUCCUAGGCUCAAAACCGAGUACAAUUUCACAGUAUUAAUCUCCGAUGUCAAUGAUAACCCUCCAGUGUUUUCUCAGAGAGUCUACAAAUUGUACCUGCAGGAGAAUAACAGUCCUGCCCUCCACAUUGGCAGUGUCAGUGCCAGUGACAGGGACUCAGGAAUCAAUGCCAAAGUCACCUACUCUCUGCUGCCUCCAGAGUCUGAAGACCUGCCCCUCUUCUCCUACAUUUCCAUCAACUCAGACAAUGGCUAUCUCUAUGCUCUGAGAUCUCUGGAUUAUGAAGCCAUCCAAGCUUUCCAGUUCAUUGUUAGAGCAGCUGAUGGUGGUUCUCCAUCACUGAGCAGCCAGGUUCUUGUUCAGAUUGUGGUACAGGAUGAGAAUGAUAACUCCCCCUUUGUUCUGUACCCCCUGCAGAAUGGCACAGCUCCCUGCAAUGAUCUGGUGCCCAGAACUGCAGAGCCUGGUUACCUGGUUACCAAGGUGGUAGCUGUGGAUAGGGACUGGGGACAAAAUUCCUGGCUUUCCUACCAGCUGGUCAAGUCCACAGACCCAGGUCUCUUCACUUUGUGGGCCCACAAUGGAGAAGUUCGCACAACUAGGCCCAUUAGUGACAGAGAUGCUAUCAAGCAGAGGCUUGUGGUGCUGGUGAAAGACAAUGGGCAGCCAGCUCUCUCCACAAUGGCUACACUAAAUGUGCUCCUGGUGGAUGGUUUCUCAGAACUAUAUGUGAAGAUCCCAGACUCGAACAAGGAGCAGAUCCAAAAUGACUCCCUCACUCUUUACUUGGUCAUUUCUCUGGCUUCAGUGUCCAUUCUAUUUCUUGUCUCUAUCAUUCUGUUUAUCACCAUAAGACUGUGGAAAAGAAAGACUAAUAAAGGAAAUAGUCACUUUCUAUCCAGCGCUCCCUUCCAGAGCCAUUUGGUGGAUGUCAGUGGCACUGGGACCUUGUCUCAGAGCUACAAAUAUGAAGUAUCUCUGACCAAUGACUUAGGGACAAGUGAGUUCAAGUUCUUAAAGCCAAUUAUUCCCAGUUUUCCUCUUCAAAAAUCUGGGAAUGAUGCAGAGAACAAUCCAGCAUCUUAGAAUAACUAAGCUUAGUAAUACAGUUUUAAGAACAGACUUUGAAAGUCUUUUCCCCCCAUCAGUUUUACUCACUCAUUCUAAUUUCUUCCUUAAGAAAUUCAAUAUAUAACUUGUAUGUAAAUUUCACAUUUACAGUUGUAUCCUCUCAUUUGCAUUAGUAUUAGAAAUGAAGUAACAUCCUGUAGAUAAUGAAAAAUUCUUCUAAUCUCUCUUCUCUCUCUCUCUCUCUCUCUCAAGCUUUUCAUUUUCAAAAUAUAGGCAAGGAUAAUUUGACAACAUUGAC